AUGGAUUUCGUUCAACAAGCUCUUAUGCAUGAAGAAUCGAAGCAAGGACCUAAGAACGAGUCAGUUAAGAACGAGUCUGCCUUAAUGGGAAACCGAAAGAAAAAUUUUCAGGAAAGUCGGACGUGUUUUAAGUGUGGAACUGUUGGCCAUAUUCGUCGAAAUUGCCCUCAGGAAAAAGCGAGAUAUACAAAGCCAGUGCAUAAAUCAAGACAUGGAGCAAAAGUCGGAAAGACCCAAAACUCUGAUAGUGAAUCUGAAAGUGAUGCUUGUGUAUUUACAGUGUCCGAGGGAAAUGCAAAGCUUUUUGAUUGUCAUUGGUUGAUCGAUUCUGGAGCUUCAAGUCAUAUGACGAAGGAAAAAAGUGUUCUGGUGAGUUAUCAACAGUUUGGGGAACCCGAAAGCGUUGCCUUGGGAGAUGGUCGUGUUGUACAAGCGUUGGGAUAUGGUAACGUGCAUAUGGAUAUGUUGUUCUCUGGGAGCAAGUCGAAGCGAGGUGUAAUGUGUUGAAUGUUCCAAAGCUUACCUCUAACCUGUUUUCCGUUAGAGCUGCCGUUGCGAAAGGUAACGUGGUGAAGUUUCGUGGUGAUAAAUGCUGGAUAAGUGAUAGUGGAUCAUUAGCCAACAAGUUGUACAAGUUGGAUUGCGAAGACGUCUCAAAUGGACACGCUACGUUAGCUUCACAGGAAAGUAGUGAUCUUUGGCAUCAACGGUUGGGACACGUACACGAGCAACGACUAAAUAGCUGCAUUAAGAAUAAUAUUGUGAAAGGAAUUUGUUGUGAAAACGUUGACAAACUUUCGUUCUGGAAGCAUGUACAUAGCGAUGUGUGUGGUCCAAUGCAAACAGAGUCAUUUGGUGGAGCAAGAUAUUUUGUGACGUUCACUGAUGAUUACUCUCGAUGUUGUGCAGUGUACUUUAUGAAGCAGAAGUUAGAAGUUCUGGAGAAAUUUAAAGAGUUUGAGGAUGCAGCAACGAACGAGGCUGGAAGAUCGAUAUGA